AUUAUGUACAUUUAAUAUAAAUGUAUAUAUAUAUUGUAUAUUUCAAAUGUAUUUCCUUGAUCAGCUGUUAAUAUGUCACACAUGUUUGCUAAAAGUUUUAUUGUUAGAAAUACAGAAUAUGAUUUAUGAAUAUGAAUAUUGAAAAAAAGCGAAUAUAAACACAUUAAAUGAUCAACAUGAUCAAAGAAAAUAACCUUAAAGACAAUGAAAUAAAACACGUGUUAAUGUUUUACAUGGAACAUUUGGUUUAUAAGUUUUUAUAAUAAUAUCGAAACGAAGUCCUUGUGACGUCAUAGGUAAGCGCCAGCAGCAGCAGACAAACAGAGAAGAUGGCGGACGUGGUGAAUGUCGGGGUGAAUCUGGACGCUUUCUCUCACGCCAUCAACGGCAUCCAGGCGCUCCGCUCCAGCGUGAGCCGCGUGUUCGAGUCUCUGAAGGAUGGCAUGAAGAACCGGGAGACCCUGGAGGGUCGCGAGAAGCAGUUUAUAGCCGAGUUCCAGGACAACCUGCAGGCAGUCAACAGAGACCUGAAUGAGUUGGAGCGUCUCAGCGGUCUGGUGGGUCGUCCCUCAGAGUCUCACCCUCUCCACAACAGCGGGCUGCUCAGUCUGGAUCCAGUUCAGGACAAAACCCCGCUUUACUCUCAGCUGCUGCAAGCCUACAAGUGGUCCAACAAGUUGCAGUACCACGCUGGUUUGGCCUCCAGUUUGUUGAAUCAGCAGUCACUCAAAAGAUCGGCCAAUCAGAUGGGAGCUUCAGCCAAGAGACGACCCAAAGUCCAACCCAGUACUCUGGUCCUUCCUCCUCAGUAUGUGGAUGAUGUCAUCUCUCGGAUUGGCAGGAUGUUUCCUGAUAUGACCAUCGAGCUUUUCAGACCCAACGGGACCUCUGCUGUACUGCUGGUGACCCUGGGGAAGGUGUUGAAGGCGAUCGUGGUGAUGCGUUCACUGUUCAUUGACAGAACCGUCGUUCGAGGUUUCAACGAGAAUAUUCACAACGAGGACGGAAAGCUGGACAUCUGGACCAAAUCUCAGUACCAGGUGUUCCAGAAGGUAACGGACCAUGCCACCACCGCCCUGCUGCACUACCAGCUGCCCCAGAUGCCAGACGUCGUAGUACGGUCCUUUAUGACCUGGUUACGGAGCUACAUUAAGCUCUUCCAGUCUUCGUGUCAACGCUGUGGUCGUUUCCUGCAGGACGGACUUCCUCCGACAUGGCGGGACUUUAGGACCCUGGAGGCAUUUCAUGACACCUGUCGCAUGUAAACAAACAUUUCCUGUUUAUCACUUUAUGGACUUUGUUGGUUUUUUGUUUGUAUUUUGUACAAAGAAGUUUGAAUAAAGUUGAUUUCAUUUUUUUAA